AUGGCUUCCUCCAGCGCCGUAGAAGAUGAACAUCUUACAGACUCGGAUUUAACCGAUGAUGAGGAGCGCAGCGUUGAACCGCGUCAGGAGGAACUACGUCCCGAGACUCCAAAGCCAUCCUACAGUGACGAGGAACUACACCAGCUGGUGGGAUAUAUACAACGAAUGAGUGUCCUGAGUGGCCUGGAUCACCGGGAUUGGCACGAGGGAACCCUAGACAUCAUAAGGCGCUGGCUACUGGAGGUGAAUGAGCCUCUGCUGACCGUAUAUUAUGAUCAGGAUGUAUUAUCUGCUUGCUUGGGCAUCCCCGAAACCUUCGUCUCGGAUUUGAGCUACUUUCGACGGGAGCUAAACGAGAUUUUCAGCGUGGAGGGAUUCCAUGAUGAGGUCAACUUUGGCACCCUGACCAGCGAUGUAGAUGGUUGCAUGAUGGAGUUGCUGGAACGCCUCUACGUUCCUUUCUUCCGAAACUAUCGCGAUUGGAAUAGAACGGUACGAAAUCGUUUCUGCUCCAGCUUGGACAGAUUCCUGGCAUUCCUUACGGGAACACAUCAUCAGAUCGAGGGAGUGGCUGUCUUGUAUGUUCCCUAUGUGAUAAAGGAACUGGGCGCAGCACCUGUGGAGAGGCAGCUGGUCAUGAGUCUGGAGGUUGCCUUGUAUUGGACCACACAGAUCCGGACUUUACUGCAGGAUCGAACCCUAAUGGUUCCCCAUGAUCUGGCCACCGUGCGGGAUGAGUUUGAGUUCUGGGAAUAUCGGUAUGAAGUUCUUCAGGGAAUCAAUGACCAAUUGGCCCAGUCGGAUGUGCAAAAGGUAUUAAAGGUUCUCCACAAUGCCCACUCCGUUCACAUGCCCCAAAUGGAUAAGCUAAUUGAGCAGGCUAAACAGGAGUUACUUCAGUCCUUGUCCAACAUUAAGUACCUUCGUCUGCUGAUUGAACCCUGCUCCAAAAUCGAUUUGGCCCCAAGUCCCGAUGACUUGCCCAAGCUUCUACCCAGGAUUAUCCAUCUAAUACGUUUCAUUUGGUUAAAUUCGGAAUACUACAAUACGCCGAAGCUUAUAGCGGGUUUAUUUAGGAAUUUGAGUAACCAGAUAAUAAGAUUUUGCACGGAACAAACCAAAGUUGAGGAGAUACUCGCGGGUAAGUCCCGCUUUGGCAUCAAAAUGUGUAAUAUGGCCAUCGAUAGCUGUCUGGUUUACAAGGGAAUCUACAGCGAAAUGUCCAAGGGUAAUAAUCCUGCCUGGGAGCUGGAUGAGGGCAUCAUUUUCAACCACAUCGAUGCCUUUGUGGAGCGCCUAAAUGAUGUGAUUGAUAUUUGUGAAUCAAUGAUUGUGUUUGGUCGUUUGGAUGAAAGUGGUAGCAUACCCGAGCCCGCUUUUGGUGGCACUUGUGGCGAGGAGAUGGAGAAGAUAUCCGCAAAUGUGGAGCAACAGUUUCUGGCCACUUUGAAGCAACUGCAGGGUAGCUCCCAGGCAUACAUCUUGAAUGUACAUCGCUCGGAUUGGUACGAACAGGUUGCAGAUUUCCGCAGGAGCAAAAAACUGGAGGAAACUGUCCAGCGACUAAUCUUUAAUGCAUUCCAACACGUGUCCAAUGUGGAGGAGACCCUGGAGGCUCUGCAGGCCAUGCUCUUCUACUCCUAUCGCCAAAGAGGCACUCUUAGGAAGACCUAUAUGCGACAGGUGAGCAAAUUGUGGAGGAUGUUCUCCCAGGAAAUGGAUUCCACAUCGAGAAAAUUGCUGGAGGAGCGACGUCAGGAGUCGUGGUUACCCAAGUACGUGUCGAAAGCUCUAAACUAUCGCAUCAAUUUGGAGCGCUUGACCUGGCUAAGGAAUCGUCUUAAGAGCGCCGAGUGGCUGCCACCUGUUAAGGAAUCCGCUCCAGCUUUGGCCAAAUUCGAUUCACUGCGUCAUGAGUUUGACAAGGAAACGCGACAGGCCUACGAGGAUUGGGUGGCCAAGUGCUGUGGUUGGUCUGGCGAUCUCUGCCAGCGUUUGGAUCGUUAUUUGAUUGUUAGAAGUAAGACCUAAGGUCUCCUUGAGUGCAAUAUAGAUAUGUCUGUCCUGGAGCUGGGCGAGCAGGCUCAGCACUUUGAGAGGCUUGGUUUUGCAAUUCCUAAAACCCUGACCAAACUGUAUGAAAGACAUGAGAUAACAAGAUCCCUGUUUAAUCGGGUAAUUCAACUUUGCCUUAGUCACAAUCAGAUUCUGACUCUAUUAACAGAGAGAGAACGAAAGCUAUUUCGACCUUUGAUCCAAGCCUGCGAUCGUCAGCUGGCUCCUGGCAUAUUCAAGAUAACCUAUGGCUCUGAUUUGAGUGAGGACUUCUUCGAGGAUGGUAAUGUUAUAGACAAAUUUCAGGAGAUUGUUUAUAUAUUCAAGCGGGCCAAUCGAGGUGUGGCCAGAAGUUGCGAGAAGAUCUGUGACACCUGUCUGCUUCUUGCCUUUGUUGGUGCUGUGGAUAUAUCCGUGUUCCAGCAGCAGUUGUCCAGCAGGUUGACCUCAUCCGGUGAUGUAUUGAGAAGAUACUACAGCAAUAUAGUGGAGCUUCUGUGUGCCUUCAGUCGGCAGUUUCAGUCGGUGGACGAUGAGAUAUCCCCCGAGUGGAUAGCUUAUGUGAAUGAUCUGGAUGACAUGCUGGCCAGUUCCCUGAUGACCAGUGCUCUUGGCUCCUUAACAAAGCUGUAUGAUGCUCUGCACUGUGAUGAUGAUAUGGCACCAGUUCCUUUAAUAGUUCUCGAAUCGGAUGUUAAAGAUGGUGGCAUUAUCUUCAGUCCCAACAUGGAUGCCAUUGGUGAGAUGAUAAAUGGCAUUAUCGACAGCAUUCGCAGCAUGUUGGAUCAGUUCCCGAGAUUGGGUUAUAAAUUAAAGCUACCCAAGGAGAAGCAGCGUCAGGGAUUUGCUGCUGUUUUCCGCGAGGAUCAGGAGUGCUCGGAAUUAAUGAGAAGCAUUCAGGCGGAGAUCGUGAGGCAGCGUGAGGAAAUGGCUAAAUAUGAGGAGCAUUGGAAACAUCGUAUUCUUUGGGAGACCACCGAGGGGGAAUUCCGGCAACGUCUGAUGUCCAGUUCCCGCACAGCUGCAGUCUUUGAGGGUGGCAUAGAGCACUAUAGUGCUUUGGCGGAUAAUGUGUCCUUCGAGGAUGCCAUCACUAAUGUGUACUUCGUUCUGAUCAAUCAGAAUGCCCUGAAGAGCACCAUUCUGGAUUGGAUCGAAAAGUGGCAGGCAUUGAAUAUUAAAAUGUUGCUGAAUCAAGCCAGCAAAUGGAUGAAAGCCACCUAUUCCUAUAUGCAACGCAACGAGCGGAAUGUAAUGAAGGUUCCUCGCACUCUUCGGGAAACUGCGGGCAAACAAUUGCUGGAAAAACUUUUGAAGGAAGUUCCCCUAUGGCAUGCCGGCUUCACUCCCAUGCUGGAGCUCUUUGUGCUCCUCCACAAAUAUAGGGUUCAGCUGUCGGAGAAGACUCACCAGCAGGUGAUUGGCUUGGAAUCCUUAUGGCUGCAUUACCUCCAAGUCUUGGGCGAAGCUGAUGAAAUGUUGGAUAAUGAGGAGAGUGAAACCCAUGUGGAAUUGGCUAAACAUGCCGAAAAGUUCAAGUUGAUAUUGAAGGAAUUCCUCGAGGACUUUUACUCAAAAUUACCCAUGAAAUAA